GAGAGAGAGAGAGAGAGCACCCGAGCUAGACAGCUUAUGGGGAAUAUUGUUGUGUUUUAGACCAACAUUGUGGGGAAAAACGGUGCUUAUGGGGAUUCCCGUCGUUCCCCACAAAUCGCUCCCCCAUAUAUUCGUAAUCAGCGUGAGCGAAUCUUUAAUAAAAAACUGAAAGUAGAAAAAUGCUAUUUUUAGACCAUUUCAACACUCUCAUAUUAUCACACGACCAUGAAAUGGAGGUGUAGGAAUCAUGGGAAAUUUCUACUCGGAAUGCUUCUAAGUUGUAGCAUUAACACGUCAUGAUUUUGGCGCGAAAAUAUUCGGCGGAGUCCUGAGCAGGCUAGGGUAUUGCGAGGAAAGCAGAACAAGCAAGAACAUGGGACGAAGCAAAAAAAAACCCAAGCCUUACAGAAAACAAUCUGAAUCAAAUCAGCCUAAAGAUGGAUCCUGUAUAUUUGUGAAGCUUGACAAGGGAGUGUGGUGGCCAGGAUAUGCCUCGGAGGGAAAAGGCUACUUCUAUGAUGAAGAUGAAUAUAACAUAACCCUCAACAAAUCUAAUUGGAAAUAUACAGUCAGUGAUGAACAGCUGAGGAAAUCACUAGACAAACUGAAAGGUAGAAAUAAAAGGAAAUUUUUUGAUGAUUUGGAAGCAACAAAGUCAAAGAAAGGCAGUGGAAUGACAGGACAUGCUGAUGGACAAGAAGAGAUAGUAGAUGAUAACAUUGAUGAACAAGAAAGGCUUGAAGAGAAUAGCAAGGUAGAUGAUGACCAAGAGAAGAUAUUGGAGGAUGGACAGAUGAAGGACGAUGGCCAAGAGAAGAUAGUGAAGGAUGGACAGAUGAAGGACGAUGACCAAGAGAAGAUUGUGAAGGAUGGACAGAUGAUGGAUGAUGACCACGAGAAGAUUGUGAAGGAUGGACAGAUGAAGGACGAUGACCAAGAGAAGAUUGUAAAGGAUGGACAAAUGGUGGAUGAUGACCAAGAGAAGAUUGUGAAGGAUGGACAGAUGAUGGAUGAUGACCAAGAGAAGAUUGUGAAGGAUGGACAGAUGAAGGAAGAUGACCAAGAGAAGAUAGUGGAUGAUGGACAGAUGAUUGAUGAUGACCAAGAGAAGAUUGUGAAGGCUGGACAGAUGAUUGACGAUGACCAAGAGAAGAUUGUGAAGGAUGGACAGAUGAAGGACGAUGACCAAGAGAAGAUUGUGAAGGAUGGACAGAUGAUGGAUGAUGACCAAGAGAAGAUUGUGAUGGAUGGACAGAUGAAGGACGAUGACCAAGAGAUGUUGGUGGAGGAUGGAGAGUUAGCAGAUGAUGAACUAGAAUGGAGAUCAGAUGAUGAACUAGAAAGGAGAUCAGAUGAUGAACUAGAAAGAAUAUCAAAUGAUGAACUAGAAUGGAGAUCAGAUGAUGAACUAGAAAGAAUAUCAAAUGAUGAACUAGAAUGGAGAUCAGAUGAUGAACUAGAAAGCAUAACACUAACAGAUGGUCAUGAUGGAAACAUGAGUUUCAGAUAUGAUGGAAACAUGGUCAUGCUGAAGGAAAACAGAGAAGCCUUUAGUGCUGUUAAAGAAAAGCCGGAUCUGGAGCAAGUAAUGGAUUCUUGCAGCGAGGACAGCAACUGCUCGCUGAUUUGGCCCAUAUUGAGUGUUAGUCUGAGAAGACCAGAAUCUUAAAGAGAUGGCAAACCAAUGACUCACAUAAAGACAGUGAUAGUAGUGUUCAUGACUAUGAUUCUGACAGCAGAGACCCUUCUUAUAAGCCACAGAAGCCUGAUAGACUUGAUGAUGGUGAGACAGAUGCAAGUGACCACAAUGAUUCCAGUGCAUUGACCAUCACCAAGAAAAGAAAGAGCCUUCACUGGAAAAAGAAAGAAA